AUGAACCCCCAGAUCGAAGAACUACUAGGCUUAGAAGCCGUCCGCUCCAGAGCUCAUGCCGUCCUCAAGUUAGCUGAGCAGGGUCGUCUCAACCACUUUAAUUACCAUGCUGAUCGGAUGGAAGAUGCCACCGACUAUGUGUUGAAACUCAUCCAGCGCGACUUCGGUCCGGACAAGUAUCACCUCAUUCCACCCCAUGGCCGUUGGCAGCAUUUCGAAGUUGGCGGGGUUCCCCGCAUAGACAACCUCCUCACUGAAUGGGACCAGCAGAACCUAGACACAUUGGAAAAGACGCGCCGAUUGGUAGAUCUUUUCUUCGUCUCUGUUCUUCUGGACGCAGGUGCUGGUGAUUUCUGGCGCUUCCAGGAGCCGGGAACAGGGCAUACCCUUAAUCGGAGUGAGGGGAUUGCGGUGGCGGCGUUGCACAUGUUCCUCAAUGGUGACUUUGCAGGUCCAGAUUCGCCGUCUAAGCAUACUGCGAAUGGCGAGGCACUGCGCAAUAUUAAUAUUGAGAUAUUGUCUCGGGGACUCCAGGUUAACACCGAAAAUAACCCCAUGGUCGGGGUUGGUGCCCGUACAGAGAUCAUUCGCAAGCUUGGAGAGUCCUUGGUCAACCUGAAAGAAGUGUUCGGUCCUACUGGCCGACCAGGAAACCUUGUUGACUACCUCAUCGCACAAUCCAAAGAAAGUGGCAAGCUUGACUACAAGGAUCUCUGGAACGUUCUCCAGCGCCUCCUCCUUCCAAUCUGGCCAUCUGACCGGACUCACGUCGAAGGAUACCCAAUCGGCGAUGCAUGGCCCUUGCGGGUCCUCGAGCAAGCUCCUGGCGCCGAUUCCAGGCCUUAUCCUAACAUCCAGCCCUUCCACAAACUCACACAAUGGCUAGCAUAUUCUCUGCAGGUGCCAUUCUCCCGUCUCCUGUCCGUUUCGUGGACCAACACCCACCUGGGAACAGGUCUACCGGAGUACCGGAACGGAGGUAUGCUGGUAGACAUGGGUGUUCUGGAGCUGAAGCCAGAGGCUCUACAGCGCGGCCUUACUCUCUCAGGCGGUGCCUUACCUUCUUUUGGUGCGGGGGAUGAUGAGAUCGUGGAGUGGCGGGCCAUGACGGUCGCCCUUCUUGAUGAGAUGCAUGCCAAAAUCCUGAAGCGGCUUGAUGGCGUCGAGUUGUCUCUUCCGCAGGUCCUCGAGGCGGGCUCGUGGAAGGCAGGCCGUGAGCUUGCUGCUGCCAAGCGGCCGGAUACCAAGUGUAGCCCUAUUUUGAACUUUGGCGAUGGCACUUUGUUCUAA